GUUAUUUCCGAACACUGUCAGCUGCUGAAAUAAUUCAGGAAGUUUAUAAAACGUAUACAGGAUUGGUUGGUAAAAUUGCAAUUACAUCACGCGAUAAUGUAAAAGCAAACUUAUCGAAAAUCGAUUUAAACAAAAACACAUCUAAGUUUACGAACAUGCUCUUAGUAUUUGUUUGAUGACACAUUUACAUAGAUAACGAGUAAUCAUUGAAUCAUGAACGCACGCUAAUGUAACUUGAAACCCGUUAAUAUGAGCAUUGGGACAUAAUGUGCUAAGGCUGAAUGUUUUGAACGGCGAAUGGUUAAUUGUAAACUUCGAAUGGAGUACAGUGCAUAAAAUGAAUUGUUUGGCAUGGUGAAAAAUUGUGGUAUUCGGGUAUUUGAGAUCAAAAUGGCGACACAUUUUCCUUUGAAGACAGGAGCUAUUACAUUGACUGCUAUCAAGAACGGUAACCACACAUUUCCAGUUCUUGUAAGGACAUUACCUUCAGAUUAUGAGGUGCCAACCGAAGAAGAUCUCCCCGAUGAUGACGAUGUUCUACUGGAUAAACUUGGGAACUUUAAUUUAGCCCGUGUUCGAGUCCUACCAUUCACCGAUGAAGAUGCAAGUCGUAAAUACAAAGGUGAACGUUUGGUUACCACGCAAAAAAAGUUAAAAGGACAAGAGGUUUGGAUUUCUGCGGAGUAUAGGGGAACGCUAAAGAUUUUGAAAAGUUCACAACGACCAAGGAGGUUCAUUUCAAUAACACAGGUACUAGAGAAUUGCCCUAGGUUUGUAAAAGUCGGCGGUGAUAUGGACUCCUGUUUAAAAGGAUUGAGCCCAGGUUCAGGAAAACUUGUACCAGAAAAUUCUAUACUCGAACUACACGGCGUUAUUGAAAAUGAAAAUACGCCAUAUAAAUAUUUGAAAUGUUCGGCUGGUGAUUGUGUAUUUUAUUUUCGAGACGACCAGGUUGCUAAUAUGGUGGAAGUUGAUGACCCAACGUCGUACAGCCUUCUGGGACUGAAACAAAAGAGUAUUCCAUUACCGCUACAAAUCAUGUUUGAUUCAAUGCCUUGGAAUGAUAUUAGCUUAAAAGACGACGAGAAAAAAUACGACGCAUAUGCUCUUUUUCACGGUCCAUUGGAGUUGCUGCAAUUUGUAUGCACCGCCCAAAUUAUAGCAUGGACGAAGGUGGAAAACGAUGAUCCCUCCACCAGACAUCUCGCCAUUAUUCCAAAAUCAAUUCACGACACCCUAAAAGUCAGCGUCUAUGAACCCACAAGUGAAAAAGACAAAAACGAAUAUUUGGAUGAAAACUUUACAGAUUAUGAACAAAACACAUGGAUCAGGGAACAUUCAUUUGUUAUUCCCACAAAACGAGACAAACAAUUCUAUAUGACGUGGCUGAAACGACCGAGUCUGUACAUGUCCAUUCCAGAAUACGAUCUGCCCACAGAAGACUUGACGGGCUACAGUACAGCAUCACCACCUAUUGCAAAGCCCUCCACUGAUGGCGCCUUUGCAAAAGGAGUGGGACAAGCGCCAGAAGUGUAUCCCAAACUACCAUUAUCAGUGAAGAAAAAAGACACUAAUUGGAAACACAAAUUGGAAGAAAAGGCUAAACUUGGUUUCGAUAAACUUCAUAAAGAAAUGCUAAACGUUUGGGGAAAAAAGAUCAAAGAAACGGCAAACGAAAUACUGGACAGUGGCGGUAAACAAUUACACCGUUUAUUUAAAUCAAAGAGUCAAGGAAGCAAUGAAACGGAGACAGAAAAAGAAUAUUCCGCACAAGCAAAUUUAAAGCCUCCAUCAAGUCCGCCUAUCAUACCACCAAAACCAUCACAACGACUAAAACAUUCACAAUUCAUGAAGGACCGACCACUUCCACCACCACCAUCUGAACCUUUGGCGCCUUUGUACAAGACAGAAAAUAAAAAAAGUCCACUUUUCAAAAUCUACGAAUCCAGGAAGACCCAAUAUGGAGUAAUGGAAUCAGCAGGUGGUUGGCAACUCAACAAGGACUUCUACAGUUUUACUGCAUUCGAUGUACACGAAUGCAUGAAAUUCUGUUUUCCCGACAAUCCACAAGUUGCGGAUACCUGCUUGACGGAGAAACUGGACGGAGAGUUUUUCAAGACAUGUGAUUUAGAGAAAUUUGGUAAAGAUGUCGGUCUAACUGGAAUUCAUUCAAUAAAAUUCACACAAAUCGUCAAACAAGGAUGGCGACCCAAAUUUUGAAUAAGGAGGCAACUGUUUGUGAAGUCUGUACCAACAUGUCGGCUUUCGUUUUGCGUAAUGCUUCCAUUCCGUAGGCUAUAAAGUUUCACGUUGUCUAUUUGGUCUCCGAAACGGACACUUCAUAGUGUGCCGUUCAUGCAUAUAUAUGUUACUCGCUAACGAGCUUCAAAUUGUAGAUGUGUCACAUAAACGUAAUGAAAACUUGGCAUCCAAAUCAAUGCAUAAUCAUGUUGCUGCAAAGGUCCGUCAAGCUCGCACAUUUUUAUUUAUUUAUUGAAAUAAGACAUAAGUUAUAUGUUCUCUAUUAAUUAAUGCAUUUUAUAUUAAGGGUAAUAAAUAAUUACAAAUAUCAAAUACAA